UUUAUCUAUCGCGGCGGCGAGUCUUCUAGAGCUCCCCCUCGUGGCCAGAGAAGCUCGUCGAAGGGUGGGGGGCAGCACAUGCAUACAAUCUAGUCGACUCGUGGUUCGGGGAGGGUAAUAGGGCACAGGACACUGGACAAAAGGGCAGUCCGAAUGGAAUGCGAUAGACAUAAAGUAGGGAGGAUCGACCGACAAGUGGACGACGUUCCGCGUGCGUGGAAGACAUGUAAUCUCUGAUAUCCCGAUAAGCACAGUGAUCAUAAGUGUAUCGUAGCCGCGCAUCCGCAUCCAAAGGCAGCGAACAACCACCGCCCCAGCACAUCAUCCACUAUGAAGCUCACGACCGCCGCGCUGACGGCGCUGCUGAGCGCGCUCUGCGCCCACGCGGCGCCGACGACGUACCUGCUCGGCCUGGGCAUUGCGGACGUGACGGGGCCCGUCGUGGAGACGAACAUGAUGGGCUACGCGUCACUCGCGCAGACGGACACGGGGCUGCACCAGCGGCAGCGCGCGCGCGCGUGGAUCGUCGGCGAGUCCGCCGCGGACACCGCGGCAUCGCGCGUCGUGUUCGUCAACGCGGACAUCGCCAUGGGCGACACGGGCAUCCGGCGCGCGAUCCUCGCGGAGCUGCAGACGCGCUAUGGCGGGCUCUACACGGCGCAGAACGUCGCGAUCUCGAGCACGCACCAGCACUCCGGGGUCGGCGGGUACCUCGAGAACCUCCUCCCGCAGCUGACCGCGCUCGGGUUCGUGAAGCAGAGCUACGACGCGAUCGUCGCGGGCGUCGUCCUGGCCAUCGUGCGCGCGCACGACUCGCUGGCGCCGGGGACGCUGGGCUUGGGGAACACGACGGUCGUCGGCGGGAACAUCAAUCGCAGCCCCACUGCGUAUCUGGCGAAUCCGGCGGCGGAACGGGCGCAAUACGUGGCACAAGGCGGGGACCAGGACAAAUUCAUGAGCUUGCUGAACUUUGGAAGCCGUGGGUUCAUCAGCUGGUUCCCCGUGCAUGGAACGAGCAUCUACGAGAACAACACGCUAGUGAGCACGGACAACAAGGGAAUGGCAGCAUACUUGUAUGAAUCGCGGAUCAACCCGACCGCGAUGCCAGGCAACCAAUCCUUCAUCGCAGGCUUCGCGCAGGCCAACGUCGGGGACACCUCGCCCAACACCCUCGGCGCGUUCUGCGAGUCGCCCGGGCAGCCCUACGACGGAAUGCCGUGCCAGGCGAACAGCUCCACGUGCGGGGGGACGGUCCAGGACUGCCACGGCCGCGGGCCGGGGUUCCGCCUCGACUCGUACGGGUUCGCCUCGAACACGAUGAUCGCGCAGGUCCAGGCGGACGCGGCCCAGCGCAUUGUGGGGGAGACGAUGGGCGCGGUGGCUGGAAGCGUGAGAAGCGUGCACGUGGCGAAUCAUACGUUCACAUUGCCAAAUGGAACUGUCGCGCAGACGUGUCCCCCUGCGAUGGGCUUCUCGUUUGCGGGUGGAACGACCGACGGGCCCGGCGCAUUCGACUUUGUUCAAGGCGACAAUUCGACCUCCCAGAAUCCGCUCUGGAACAUCGUCAAGUCCGCGGUGACACCCGUCCCCAGCGCAGCGCAAACCGCGUGUCAGUACCCGAAGCCGAUUCUCUUGAACACUGGCUAUGCUACGUUCCCGUAUGCUUGGUCUCCGAGCACGGUUGACAUCCAGAUGCUCAAGAUCGGCAACGUCGUCAUUGCGUUGAUUCCGGGCGAGCUGACCACCAUGGCUGGCCGCCGGCUGCGUGCCGCCAUCCGGGCCCAAUUGAUCGCGUCUGGGAUCGUCGGCAACGACGCAUACGUCAUCAUCUCCGGGCCCGCGAACACCUACGCGCACUACAUCACCACGCCCGAGGAGUACACCGUGCAGCGCUACGAAGGCGCGUCAACCAUCUACGGCCCCAACACGCUCCCCGCCUACAUCGACAAAUACACGUCCCUCGUCCCGUGGCUGGCCAGCACGCCCCCCGCGAGCGCGCCCGCCUCCGACGCCGCCCCGCCGGCGCUGCAGUCCGUCGCGCUCUCGCUGCAGACGGGCGUCGCGUUCGACGGGACGCCCGGCGGGCAGUCGUUCGGGAGCGUGCAGACGGACGUCGCGGGGCCGUACGCGGCGGGGCAGACGCCCUACGCGGUGUUCACCGGCGCGAACCCCCGGAACAACCUACGUCUGGAGCAGACGUUUUUGUAUGUCGACCAUCUUGCGGCGAACGGCUCGUGGACGCCUGUGCGGUCUGACUCGCAUCCGUCGACGAUCUAUCGUUGGGCACGUGUCAACGGGCUCACUGGGACCAGCACCGUCAACAUCUCGUGGACGGUUGAAUCUGGAACCCCAGCUGGCUCGUACCGGUUCCGCUAUUUUGGGGAUUCAAAGGCGCUGGGAGGUACGAUCACCCCGUUCGUUGGCACUAGUGGCACUUUUACUGUUGUGUGAACCCACUUUGUACGAAUACUUUCAAUGGGGACAGAUCCGAGGUUCACGAUACAUACAUCUUAUAUUACAUUAGGUCGAAGACAGCGAAAGAAAGCAUUGGAGAAGCUCGAUGCUAUUCAAUGAACGGAACGAUACAUGCAUGCAAUUACAAAUUCAAAAUGCGUUCACAAAACGACGCCGAUCA